GCCGCUGCGUUCGGGCCGGACCGGAAGUCUUCCCCUCUCCCCGCGGACGACGACGCCGGCAACAACAACAACAUCAACAACAGGCACGUCCUGGCGUACCCGGAUGUUGCUCGCCCGCCGUUUCCGCCUGAGGGAGCGAGCGAGGCGCCGCAGCCGAGAGUCCCACGGCUGCCCAUCGUCGCGAGGUGGGCGAUGGCGGAGGCCUCCGCGUCCUGCUCCUCCUCCUCCCCGGCGGCGGCGGCCUCUGCUGCUGAGGAGAACGGGGGCCCUUCUCUGCCCCCCCUUCCUCCCAUGGGCCCCGAAGGCGGCGGCGGCGAGGAAGAGGAGGAGGAGCGGGAGGUCGGGGGCCGCCCCAACCGAGGCUGGAGCGAAGCCCAGUUCCGGCGCUACGGCUUCGCCACGCGGCCCAUCCCCAGGCUCCGCCACGGGGACCCCAGAGCCGAGGAGCUCAUCGAGAACGAGGAGCCGGUGGUGUUGACAGAUACAAAUCUGGUGUUUCCUGCUCUAAAAUGGGAUCUGGACUAUCUUCAGGAGAACAUUGGGAGUGGGGACUUUUCGGUAUAUAGAGCAAGCACCCACAAGUUCUUGUAUUACGAUGAGAAGAAAAUGGCAAAUGUUAAGAACUUCAAGCCUAAGUCAAGCAGGGAAGAGAUGAAAUUCAGCGACUUCGUUGAGCAGCUCCAAGAAAUAGAACAGCAGGAUAGUGGAGAAAGGCUUUAUCUGCAGCAGACUCUGAACGACACAGUUGGGAGGAAAAUCGUGGUGGAUUUCCUGGGCUUCAAUUGGAAUUGGAUUAACAGGCAACAGGCAAAGCGAGGCUGGGGUCAGCUGACAUCCAACUUGUUACUGAUCGGCAUGGAAGGGAAUGUUACUCCAGCACACUAUGACGAGCAGCAGAAUUUCUUUGCUCAGAUUAAGGGAUACAAGCGUUGCAUCUUGUUUUCCCCCGACCAGUUUGAGUGCCUCUAUCCUUAUCCUGUGCACCACCCAUGUGAUCGGCAGAGCCAGGUUGACUUCGACAAUCCUGACUAUGAGCGCUUUCCCAAUUUCCAGAACGUAGUUGGCUAUGAGACAGUGGUGGGCCCAGGCGAUGUGCUUUAUAUCCCCAUGUAUUGGUGGCAUCACAUUGAGUCUCUGCUGAACGGAGGAAUUACCAUCACUGUAAACUUUUGGUACAAGGGUGCCCCAACUCCCAAAAGGAUUGAAUAUCCCCUAAAGGCACAUCAGAAGGUGGCAAUAAUGAGGAACAUAGAGAAAAUGCUGGGCGAGGCGCUUGGAAACCCACAAGAGGUGGGCCCCUUGUUGAAUAUGAUGAUUAAGGGGCGGUAUGACUAAUCCUCGGCCUCUGCAGUGGUGGAUGUUGCGAGCUGCUUCACGGACAAGUGGAAGAUACUAAGCGCUAGUAUCGCACGCAGCAAUUGAAAGACUGAGGUGCUGCUGGCACAGCUCUGCCCUGUUCUGCACCAACGUAGGGAGUGACUGGUACCAUCAAACACUCCCGCUCAUCCCUCUUUCAACUUCACUUAACCUUCCAGAAGAUCCCGUGCUUUACGAAGUAGGAACCUAGCUGCCAAGGACUCGUGUGUCUGCGACCUGCCAGUAUACAGAGAUUGGCGCCUGGUACUUGCCUGUCACCCGUCACAUUGCAAAAUAUGUUUUUUGGGAGGAGGGAGCAGAGUUUAGACUGGCUUUGGUUCAUCACGCCAGCUGAAUUGUAUGAUGUUGCAUGAGGGAUGGACGCAGUAAGUCUCAAAGUCUUGAGAGUCUCCCGAAGCGGGAGAGAACCUUUGGCCAUGUAACACUCCACUGUCUGCUUAUUUCGCCUGGGAAGUGAAAGCAAUUGCAUGCUGGCAUCUGCAUAGUUGCCUGUGUGUGAGAAGCAGCUAGACAAGCCAUUUAGACCUUCCCUCUGCACCUUGGCGUUAGAAAUCUCCCCAUCAUCCCUUCUCUGAGGUUUAGCUUCCAUGUUUGUCAAAGGACGCCUUCUCUCCGAUAGCACAAAUUUCUAAUGUAAAGCAAAAUUAUGGUUACAAGUGCACAGAGGGGGCAGGUAGGGAUGGAGACCAUAAAGUCUUCGGAGUCCGCUGUGCCAAAUUAACAUCGAAAACAGCGUUUUGGAGGGCCGGACCUCUUAAUUCUGCUGGGAGUCCAGGCUGAAAUCCCCAUACACACAGAUUCCCUUUGCUACACUCCGGGCGGCUUUUCCACAAUGAGCACCAGUGCCGUUUGUCAGUAAAAACACCUUUGUGUUGUGUUUCUCUUUCCAUACAUGGAAAUGUUAAUUUCACUCCAUCCUCGGCCUUCUGCAUACUAGAUUAUAAUGGAUAAAUAGGUGGAGAAGGGGAACAGCAAAGUUACAGUAAUGCUUUCUUGCAGUGACUUUUUGGACAGACUUCCAUGUAUGGUGGAAGCCUCUUAUUUUCCAUUCUGUUCCACUUUUCCCUUCCUGGAAGGAAAUGUGGGUGUUUCUGGCUGUGUUUCAUCAAGAUGAGAGUGCUGAGUUAAGAUCCCAGCUUUGUUCCUUUGCCACAGAGGUGCUUUUCUGUGAAAAGGAGAGUUUUGAGAAGACCUUGCUGCAAAAGCUUUGCUUGUCCCAGCAGCAGAGAGGUCAUGGCCAGCUUGCUGGGACAACACCUGAGCAUGACUGCUCCUUUUCUGGGGCAGAACACACUCUUAUCCUUUUAUUGUACAGAUCACACUCCUAAUCUUUUACUGUGAAUUCAGAAUGCAGUAGCCGAAGAUUCUGGAGAAAGCCGGGUAGUGGUUCAGAUUCCACUGGGCAGGUCAGACUCUUUAAUGAGGGAGCAAUGGAGCUUUUGUCAUAAGCCAAACAUACCGUUUGAUUUAGCUCUGCGAGCCACAGUGGUAUGCCAGAGUUCUUGCCAUAGAUAAUAGAUCGGGAAGGGGGAUGGAAUGGCUUCUGAAGAGCAAGAUUGGACUUGCCAAAUGGUAGUACUAAUAAAAACAUUCUGCCUUUGCCUGAGGGCAAAAGCAAUUCUUGUGCUUCAUGGAAAGUGCCCCGGAUGUGCAGCAGUAUUGGCCAGAGUGCCAACAGAGACUGGAGCAAUUUGUGGAAUUUUGCUGUUGCAUAGAGCCCAUGCGGAAAGGGGCCCCACACCUCGCUUGGAAGGAAGAGGACGGGACUUAAACACAACCUUCGGAUCUCUCAUUUCUUUUUGCCAAAGGUAACUUUUGAAAGUUUUUUAAUGGUUGGUUUUUU